UUACAAAAUAAGCUUGUGUUGUGUGCGAACAAUGGCUUAAAUAAUUUUAAUAGCUGUUGCAAAGUAUGAAUGAACAAAGCAUAUAUUUUUUUUUCCUUUAAGGAUGAAUAUAUUUACGAAACGAUGCAAUAAUUGACGUAAACUGUCACCAUUAAAAUUCGUUGCAGCCUGUUGCAUAAACUCGUUCUACAAUAGAUCAAUCAUCAACAAUUACGCUCUCUAGAGAAUCACAUGACGUCCUCUUUCGCGCGAGAGGCAGACGGGAUAUAAAUUCAAUGAAAAGAGCUUACAGGAGCGCCGGCAUGGCGCGGAUAAACAAUAGCGGCAGAAGAUAAGAAGACCACGUUCUUCCGGACUCCCUCUCCUUUCGUCAACUUCACCAUCCCACCAAACGCUAUUCCUUCGUCUGUCUCUUUUCCGCGUGAGGUGAUAUCGUCUCUCUUUCCUGCCAGGUCGUUAGCAUAAUAGCGUCAAGUACUUCACUUCGUUGGUAGUCAAUACGUGCCGUCGCUCCGAUCGCGUCGCGUUGAUCAUAUUGAGUCAUAUUAGUGUCUCUCGUGAAAUUGCGUAACAAGGUCUACGCGCGCACACGCGGCGAUAUAAGGACCAACCUCUAUCACGGAAGGGCGUUACGAAGCGGCCGUGGAUACGGGAUGACGACCAACGUCACAUCGAUGGUGGUGGACUAUCUGGUUUUCAUCGGGUUCAUCGUGAUUUCCUUCGUGAUACCGUUAUGGGGGAACUUCAGGACGAAGAAAAAGGAAACCAAGGCGAAUUACGUGUUCGCCACUGGCAGCGUGUCAAUGGGCGCGAUGAUGCUGUCAAUCGCGCGGGGAACUCUCGGCGUCAGGUCCUUCCUGGGUUAUCCUUCGGAACUGUAUUAUCGAGGUAGCGCCAUGUGGGAGACCCUGUAUGGGAUGUUGCUCGCCUAUCCUAUCGUCUGCUUUAUCUUCGUUCCCGUUUACUACAGUCUCGGCAUCACGUCGGUCUACCAAUAUCUGGACAUGAGGUUCAAGUCGAAACUAGUCAGAUGUCUGGCGAGCUUCUCAUACGUCGUACGGAGCCUCUUAAAUUUGGCGGUCACGGUGUUUACUCCUUGCGUCGCGUUGAAAGCAGUGAUAGGACUUCCAUACUGGGCUAGUAUCGUAGGAAUAACUACUAUUUCUGUGGCUUUCACAAUCAUGGGAGGUCUGAGAGCUGCCAUCCUAUCGGACGUUAUACAAGGCCUGACGAUGAUCGGUGUAUCCGUGGUAAUCAUCAUACAGGGAACUGUUAACGUCGGCGGGCCAGUUAACGUCUUUAAUGUGACUGCCGAACGCGGACGCUUGGAUUUUUUCAACUUUGAUAUGGAUCCAACUAUUCGAGUGACGACAGUAUCGGCGACACUGGGUCAGCUCUUCAUGAGUUUAUCCAUUUUCGGAUGUCAACAGAAUUUUGUCCAGAGAUAUUGCAGUAUGUCCAGCCAAAGAAAGGUUGUCCAUACGAUGAUGGCCAACAUGCCUAUAAUAGUAAUCCUGUUCUCGCUAUCUUGGAUCGUCGGAAUGGUAAUCUUCGCUAAUUACGCCGACUGCGAUCCACUCUCUCUGGGAUACAUAUCCAAGAUCGACGAAAUCGUGCCAUUCUACGUCGAAGAUAAAUUCCUCCACCUACCCGGUAUGCUCGGUUUAGUGAUGGCAACUCUAUUUAACAGCGCCUUGACUUUGGCGGUAUCGAAUCUCAAUUCUCUCGCGACGGUGACAUUCGAGGAUUUUCUGAGUCACAUACCGGCACUGAAAGAUCUUAAAGAUACGCAGCAGCUCAACACGAUCAAAAUCAUCGGUUUUAUCUACGGUCUGUUAAUAAUCGGCAUUAGUUUCCUAGUAGCCAUGCUAUCAGGCGUGAUAGAAUCUUCUAUGCUAAUGACGUCGGCGACGUCCGGACCUCUUCUUGGCGUAUUUCUCCUUGCCAUGUUGGUACCUUGCGCCAACUGGAAAGGUGCCGCCGUUGGUAUGAUCUUCAGCCACAUAACGACAAUGUGGAUCACCUUCGGUCAUCUCAGUCUCGGUACCGUAACGAAGAUGCUGCCAUUAUCGACGGAGGAUUGCCACAACGAGACCUUUUCGUCGUGGGUCACAAAACCAAUCAGUUUAGAUUAUUCUACGCCAAACGUUUCUAGCUGGACGAAAAUUCAUGAGAAUAUCACGACGUUGUCGUCUGUCGACGAGCCUGAUCAAUCGUCCAAUCCUCUAAAUGUUUUUUACGGGAUCACGUAUAUGUAUUACGCUCUUAUUGGCAGCGUGACGACGGUCGUCAUCGGUAUCAUUGUGAGCUUGAUUACGGCCGAUGCCGAAUCAGACAAGUACGAGGAGCAUUUGCUACAUCCUAUAGCGCGGAAAAUAGCGGGUCUAUUUCCCGGAAAACGAAGAGUCUACGCCACCCGACUCGGAAAUAAAAAUGAUGCUACAAACGCCACUCUUUCCUCGGUGGCAUCCAUCUCCGGCAGUACCGAGAAAGGGAUAGAAAGAAUUCCUUCCCUUCAAGGAUUCAUGGAUGACGAAGGCAAGUUGCAUCUAGACAACAGCUACGUGGAAAAACUCAACGCGCUGAAGAACGCUUCUAUCGACGUGACCAAUGAGAUUGGCAAACACACCAGAUUAUGAUUCGACCCUAGUUCACGAGGAGUGUUCCUCGUAUAUUACUCGCAACAACAUCGUUGAAACUCUCGACAUAUCUUCAAGAGUGACGGUAUACCGUAAUAAACUCGACGAGCAAUUGCGUGUAUUAGUGCCAAAUUUUAUUAUCCCAGCAUCGUCAAUGCUGGAUUUACGAACUGUGCGCGUAGAACGUAAUUACACGUAAGCAAAGUUUUCCUCGAUUACAUUGCUCGAGCUAACUCACAUUCAGCUCAAAAUAUCGCUCAAAUGAAGGUAAUUUAGAGGUGCAAUUCGUUAGGAAAACUUCUAACUUGUCUGUGCCAAUUAAAGUUAACUACGAUACAUGCGUAUUUUGUAAGCUGUAUUUAGACAUGUGAACGUGAUUUACUGGCGAAGAUUGUCAAACACACAUGCAUACGUUGAAUAGGAAUCGCAUCACCGUUGGCAACGAACGAGUUUUACAUCGGAGCGAAAGGAACUCAGCAAGAGAAAUUGGUUGAAAUCGCCUUUAGUUAAGUAAUAGUUGCUAACUAGUUUUGUAACUUAAUGACGCGAAAUUAAUGAUUUAGUUGUCGACCAACGAAGUGAAUUUUUUUUUUUGUCUUUAUAGCUAUGCGAUAUUUUAAUUGUAUAAGCAAAACAUGUAUUUUCAGUAUAUUUCAAUAAGAAAAAUCGAUUGUUAAUCUUUAUUUAUAUUCGUAAUUAAUCUUUAGAUAUGUCUUAAAGAUAUAUCUUAAGAAUAAAGAUAUAAAUGUACAAGAUAUUUAAAAAUAUGUGUGAUAUAACAUGAAAAAGAAUGGUUUUAUAAAAAAUAUGUAUAACAUAUAUAAAAAGAAUAAUAAUUAUAGAAUAAUAUUGAAAAUCCAAAAUUUAGAAUAUUAAAAAAUUUGUUCUCGCCUAUUGUGUGAUUCAUGUAGAAUCGCUUUUUUCUAUUACUAUUGUAUUUUGUAACACCUGGUAUGUAUACAUAUAGUAUACAUACUAUGUACAUAUAAAUAGUACAUACUAUAUAUACAUAUAUAGUAUAUACAUAUACUUUAUAGACAUAUAUGUAUAUAUAUAUGUA